AUGGCUUUUGCUGAUCACGGCGCGGACGGGUGGCAUCAAGUGGAGCAGACGCUAGCAGCGCUGGAGCUACCGCCAGUGCCACCUACUUCCGAUCCGCAGCGGCUUCUUGGCUAUGUGCUGAACAUUCUGCCACGGUAUACCGAGAUGGAGAUGCUGUCGACGCACCUCCGUCUGUACUCUUCGACUUUGGAGCAGGACAUGGAGCAGGUCAAGAGUCACGUACGACUGCUGACUCGUGAGGCUGCGGGUGAGAGGGAGAAAAAGCAGUUUCUAGAGCGAUACGCUGCCCAGGUGGUCAAGGAGCGCAAUGACCUACUGCAUUCCCGAGGCUCUUCGAAGAAGAAGGCAGCUUCGGGUGCGUCGCACUUUGUGUGGCACAAUUGUUGCAAGAAGAACACAAGUCACGCGAUGGACUUGGCUCCAUCGAUUCUUACCUUUCGAGGUGAGAAGCUACAGGAAGCAACCAAACAGAUCGAAGCUUUGCAGGAAGAAGCGCGCAAUCAGGAGCUGCUGCGGAAAGAGCUGGACUUCCUGCUCAAGAAGACGCAGCGCGAACACGACAGCAAAGUGGCAGCGGACCGCAAGCAUAUUCAGCAAUUGGAGAAGCAGAUUUUGCAACGCUCGGCGCUGUACUCAAGCCAGGAGAGGAAGUUGUACGAAGUCGAGUCAGUACUUGCUCAGCAUGACAGAACGAAGGAAGAGGAGCUGAGCGUUGUCAGCAAUCGUAUGAGAGAGACUGAAACGCAUAUCUCUGAAUUGGAGAAAGAGAACGCAGCAUUGCUCGAACAAGUCAACGACUUCAGUGCUGACCGCGAUCGCUUGACGGAGAUGCUGCAAGAGACGACGCAAUCCAAGGACCUGUUUGCAGAACACAUUGACGAGCUGACGGAGAAAUGUCAAUCACUGGAGUCCGAGGUGGAAGCGUUGCAUUCGGAGAUUGACAUGCUGCAGUCGAAAGAUAUGAACGAUAUUCGCUCACAAUAUGCAGCCAGGAUAGACAGGCUGCAGAAGGAAAACGCUGCUCGAGAGCAGAGAUUGCGUCAAGAGGUUGACCGCGUCAGACAAGAAUUGAAGAAACGAGAUGCAUCACUUACGCAGACAUUUAGUGUGCAGCAAUCAACUACAAAGGAAAGCUCUAGAUAUCCUCAUUCCGGGCGAACGAGUGGCUUGGGAAGCAUUCCUCUCUCAGAUAACGACGCCCAAUGGAGUGACGGCAUGUUCGACGAUGAUCGACAGUUUGAAAGCGAUGGAGUGGGGUCGUCUUUAUCCCGAAGUCAACUGUCAGCGUCACAAGGAUCUUUUGACUUGUCUUCGGCAGAUCAAAGCCGUUUUCACCUAUCGAAGGAGAUAGGAGAGGCCAAAGCGAGUCUUUCAACGGUAAAUUUCCAAGCCCAUGCAUCUCGUCGAAGCUACUCCAGUUGUACCUCCCAAGGUUAUUCCAGGGAGCUCGACGCUGUUUCCAGAAAUCUCAGCAAUUCGUCCAAAGAGCUUGAACCCGAACGUCAAGAGGAUGAGGCAGCAAACGAGCCGUUCGACUGGGAGACAUUCAUCGACAGUGCGUCUGACAUGUCCCCUAUGCCAAAUGAACGCACAGCUCCAAAGCCCAUGGACUUCAGUACUAGCACAAUUCACAACGAAAACAGCGUGGCGAGGGUUUCUGAUCCCGAUUUUGCUGAGUCAAGUAAGGCCCAUGCCGACAGCUUUGAAGAGGAGACCAGUUUCCGUUCGUCCGAUGCCUUUGAAGAUAUGUCGCUCUCGAAAAGUCGAAGUCUCACUGAACUGGAAUUUGGUGGAGACGAGGAAGAGAAGGAGCCUGAGAAAGAUGACACUUUGAUGAACAGUCUGAACGGCGAAAUCGAAGACACUAGCGUGGGGCAUGAACGACAUGAUGCUCACGAAGAAAACACUACAGGAGAGCAUGCGCAAAUCGGCUUGGCUCGAGAUUUGUAUCAAAUGCUUAACGGACUCGAGCAGAAGCGGAAAGAGGAAGAGCAGAAGGCCUCACUGGCAGAACAAGCUCUCUUAGAGUUCCAGCAGUUGCAGCAAGGUGUGCAGGUCUUGAAACUCUCUCCUGACUCUUGA